AUGGUGGCGGCGCCGAUGCUUCAACACAUGUACAGUCUCGAUGAGUCGCGAAUGAUCGGUGUAGGUGAUGAUAAUCGCGAAUUGCUGCUGCCGACAUUGUUCGGGUAUCGCCAACAGCGGAAACGACGGGCGGGAAUCUCCGGCGGAUCGACGAAUGUCCAACGCGAGAUGCCGUUCGCGUGCGCCGGCGGAAAUGGAUUCAGUAGUGCAGGAGUGUCGAAUGGCCGCGGAUUUCCGCCGCUCGGCGGCCGCUCGCCUCAAUCGUCGUUCGAUUCGAAUCAAGAUGUCGCCCAGAUCUCAAUGAAUUGGAUGAGAAUGAAUGGAUUGGGACCAUCGUUGAGGCCAUUUCUCAACGGGAAUCAUACGCCAAAGAAGACGGCGUUGCAGAAUUCGCAGUCAACCACACACAUCUCCAGAAUCGGCUCGUUGCGACGAAUGCACGCCGCCGAGGCGAGCAUCGACGGAAAAUCGUCGCUGAGUGGCACACAGGUCGAUAUUGCCUAUAAUGCGAUUCUGUUCGAAUUGACGCCGAGUCGAUUCGCGCAGCCCUCGUCGCGCAUUCGGACGACGCGCUCAACGACGGCAUUGAUGGCGACGUCGCCGUCGACGACGGUCUCCGCCGAGCACCUCAACGAUCACACGCUGCCCAAAUCGAUUCUGCGCGCGCCGCGACUCACCGCCGCGCCGAAACAGCUCUCGUUCGAUGUGCCGCCGAGUCCGACGCCGACGCCGAAGAGCUCGAGCGUCUCGGCGAGCGGCAGCUAUCAAAUGUUCGAACGCCCGCGUGUUCGCGGCGGCGCCAAUCUGAGCUACGGCGGUUUGAGUCCCGCCAAUCAUCAUCACCAUCACCAUCAUCGGGACCCAUCGCGAUGGCGCCUCACCGAUGUGAAGCAGCGAUCGAACUCGGAGUCGAUGUUCCGCAAUAUUGACACCGAGAUGCUCGCCAACGGCGACCGACGAAUGAGCAUGGCCUAUCUGCCAUCGAGAGAGCAGGCGCUCUUAAGACGAAUUUUGGGACCACAAGGCCUUUCAUGGAUUUCCUAUGACAGAGAGACCGCUUCUCGAAAAUCCGUCUCGAUCGCCUACUCGAAUGAUUUGGAGGCGUGCGGCAAUGGGAAAGGCGGCGGCGACGACUCAACAGUUCCUCUAAUGGAAGACAAAGACGAUAACAGCGGGUGUCGUCUAAUCAAACGCGAGAUUCUCCACGAGCGCCGUCGAAUGGUGUGCGACAAGGCGUUGGCGUUUGCGAUUCUCGGAAUUGUGCUGAUGAUCAUUGAAAACGAGCUGCGUUCGGCGACCACAAUUGGCAAAUUGGGCUCCUCGCUAAGUUUUGUGCUCAAAAUGUGCAUUAUGACGACGACCGCCGCACUUUUGGCGUUCGUCGGCUACUUUCACGUCAUCGAGAUUCAGCUUUUCAUGAAUGCGAACGCCGCCGACGAUUGGGUCGUGGCGCUCACGUUUCGCCGAAUUCUACAGAUCAUCAUUGAAAUCCUUGUGUGCCUUUUAUGCCCACUACCCGUUGAAUUGGUGAGCCCGUGGCUCAGCGAGCACACCUAUGGAAAACCGCUUCACGCGAUCAACGUGUUUCUCUCGAUAAUGAUGUUCUUUCGAUUAUAUUGGUUGUGUCGAGUGAUGCUUCUUCAUUCGAGGUUGUUCACUGACGCGAGUAGCCGCAGCAUCGCUGGAUUGAAUCGGGUCAAUUUUAACGCCCGCUUCAUUCUCAAAACUUUAAUGACAUUAUGCCCAGGAACAAUGCUCAUGAUAUUCACUGCUUCGUUAUGGGUGAUUGCCGGCUGGAUUCUUCGGCUUUGCGAACGCGAAUACGUGGCCGCCGAUCAAAUCAAAGAAAUGGAUUAUAUUAAUUCAAUUUGGCUCGUUGCCAUCACUUUCCUUUCGGUUGGCUACGGCGAUAUUGUCCCGAAAACGUACUGCGGACGAAGUAUGGCCGUCGUGACCGGAAUCUUGGGAACCUGCGCUUCAUCGAUGGUCGUCGCUGUGAUCGCGCGCAAGCUCGAAUUGACAAGAGCCGAGAAGCACGUGCACAAUUUCAUGCAGGACACACAGCUCACGAAGCAGCUCAAGCAUUCGGCGGCGAAUGUUCUUCGCGAGACCUGGUUCAUUUACAAAUAUCGAAAAUUGGUGGACAAGUGCGAUUUCGGCAAAGUCAGACAGCAUCAGCGCAAAUUUCUGCUAGCGAUCUAUGAAAUGCGACGGGUGAAACGCGAUCAACGAAAACUUGCCGAGAAUCUCGUGUCGCUUGGAGACGUUGCCAAGACAUCUUCAAAUACGUAUGAGCUUGUGCACGAUGUGCAUUCAACACAAGAGGGCCUUUCGCUGCGUAUCACGGCGAUUGAGCAUCAGCUCAGCGACAUUUCGCGCGAAAUCUCGUCGCUGGCUGAUUUGAUUCGAGGUAGCCUUGUCGUCGAUUCGGUUCGUUUGCUUCUUUUCUUUUAUUAG